CCCGACCUACCCGACGAACCCCAGGCGCCUCCAGGAGCCUCUCAGGGAACCUGGCCCGGGUAAUGGCUGACCAAGGGCUCGCGAGGAACGCCAAGGCCCGGUCGGGACCUCGAGCACGCCUUCCCGCGCCUCCGCUCCACGGGAAAUGAGGACACCGCUAGGAGCAUCGUCGCCGAGGAGCUCGCGUAUGGACGAGGGGAAGCCACCCUAGCGAGAGGGAUGUCGGAAAGCGACGGAGAACGAGCAGCUCGGUCCGUGGCCUUGGAGCAAGCCUACGUCCACGAGGUCUACGAGCAAUGCGCCGAGAGGACCGCGCAGAGCCGACCCUGGCCGAGGAUUCACGAGUUCCUCCAGGAGUUGGAACCCGGGGCGCUGGUCUGCGACAUCGGUUGCGGCAACGGCAAGUACCUGAGCGUCAACCAGAGCGUCUUCAAGGUCGGGGUGGACCGUUGCAAGAGGCUGACGGACAUCGCCCGCGAGAAGGAGAACGAGGUCCUGAUCUGCGACAACCUCGCCCUGCCCUUCCGGGAUGAGAGCUUCGACGCGGUCCUCUCGAUCGCCGUGGUGCACCACUUCGCGACGACCGAGAGGCGAGUCCACGCGCUGAAGGAGCUCGCGAGGGUGCUGCGGAUCGGCGGCCGGCUGGUCAUCUCCGUCUGGGCCAUGGAGCAGAGGCACCGGAAGUUCGAGUCGCAGGACGUCCUGGUGCCGUGGCCGAAGUCCUGCUGCCCGAACUCCUCGAGAGGCGCCUCCGGGCCCUGCGGCGCCUGCCGCUGCGACCACCGGCCCCAGAAGUGCAUCCUGACGUCCAAGAGGGGCGGCCAGCGGAAGUUCCGGAGCAAGAGCUACCGGAUCGACCCGAUCUUCAGCCCGUCCCCCUCGACGAGCAGUCUGUCGAGCCCGAACGAGACCUGCUACAGCUUCUUCCGGCGGGCGCUGCAGAAACUGGCGGGCGGCAAGCGAGGGUCCCGUCCCUGGUUCCUGGAGCCCUGGCAGACCGGCUCGGGGAAGGACCGGAAGCACCUCGGCCACGAGGACAGCGGGGACGUGGACGACCUGCCGAUCGAGCUGCGGCGCCUCGAGGACCCGGGCGUCGUCGUCGGCAAGCCAGCCGACGCCCUGAGCGUGAAGUCCAAGAGCCUCGGGGACAUCCUGGAGAUCCAGCGGCUCGAGCUCGUCCGGUCGAGGUCCAGCAUCCCGGGCCUCUGCUCCACCCUGACCUCGGACCUCAACCUGGACGAGAGGUCGAGGACGCCCUCCCUAGCGGGCUCCAAGCCGAGGCUAGUCAAGCAGAAGUCGCAUCUCGUGGAGGACGUCGGUCCGGAGGACCCGGAGGAGGACCCCGAGGACGGCCCCGCCGUUCCAGGGCUCGUCGAGGACCUUCUGGAGUUUCAGAUGGCGAGUCACCCCGCGACCGGCCGGACAGGAGGCGCGCCGACCUGGCUAACCGAUCGUUCCUUUUCGCAGGCGAAGCGAGGCGGUGUCCACAAGCAGAGCUCGAUGAACGAGGAGCUGAUGUCGCUGGAACGGCUCGAGGAGAAGGAGCGGGUCCGCCGCAACAUCAUGAAGCAGGCCUCCCUCAACGAGGAGAUCAUCUGCAAGCGGAAGGCCUUCGAGGCGUUCAAGGACACCGUCUACACGGGGAACGCCUCGAAGCGGUUCCAGCUGCUCAAAAGUGGCCUCUCGGACAAGAUCAAGCGCUCGACCGACAACAUCGAGAGGGUCUCCGGGAUGUCGAUCAGGAACGGCUUCGUCAAGAUGCUGCAGGGCUGGAAGUCGACGGAGGCGAACGGUACCCCGCGUCUCGCUUCCCCGUCUCCUGGUCCCGACCGGACGUCUAACCGGGCGCGUUCUCCCCAGAAAACGGCGAUCCCGCGCGAGCCGGAGCCGGUCGUGGAGAGGAGGCCGUCCCGCGAGGACGGCUCGGACUCCUCCAAGGACAGCAGCCUGCAGAGCGACACCAGCGUCGACUCCGAGGACAGCUUCGCCUCGGUGAUCUACGUGCCGAGGCCAGAGACGCCGUCGGACCCGACCUCGGCCACGGUCGGGCACCAGCUCACCGCGCUCUCGGCGCCGCCCUCGCCCAGGGUCAAGCAUCCGCCCGACCACGGGGGCGCUAGGUCGAAGCCGGUGCCCGGGUCGCCGCUGGUUAAGCAGUUCCCGGCGACCCCACCCAGCCCGCCCCGCGGCUUCGGCGCCCUCCAGGCGAGGCCCCCUCCGACUCCCCCGCCUCCUCUUCCCGCCCUCGGCUCGGUUUCCGGCAGGAAGCAGGAGGAGGCUAGGUCCCGCUACGAGGAGAAGCGGCCCGAGGAACUGUCCUCGGUUCACCUGGAAGGGAGGGCCGGCCGGGGCGCGGGCCCCAGGCCGCCCGAGGACGAGGCGGGGCUCGGCUCGGUUCCCGAGGAGGAGCUCGCCAGGUCGGCCGACGAGGAAGAGACCCGGAAGAGCAGGCUGGACCAGAUCAAGGAGCUGCUGAAGCAGAGGCCGGGCUUCGCCACCAGGUGCUCGAAGCCGAGCUUCCCCCUUGUUAGGAGGGCCUCGACCUCGACCGCGGGGAGGCUCGAGGCCGUUGCCAAGACUCUGCCCAGGCUCCUGUCGCUGGAGCUCUUCAACCCGGAGACCGACGACUUGGACAGCGACUCCUCGGGGGGCUCGUCCCCGCGGUCGGCGGGCUCGGUCAUCAGCGUCAUCUCGGACGAGCGGUUCCUCGUCCCGAAGAAAGAAAACCCGCAGGAGGCUGUCGACGCGCCGCCCGAGACGGAAGACCCCGGACCACUCCCCGUCGAGGGGAGCGACGUCCCGGAACCGGAGGACCGCGAGGACGCGGUCGGCGCGGCCGUCCGGGGCGGGUCCCCUGCCUCGCCCGAUCCCGAGUCUUCCCUGAGGAGGACGGGCUCCUCUUCGGAACUACGGAGGCUGAUCGGCUCCUCGCGGAGCUCCUCCAAGAGCUCCUCGAGGUGCCCCUCGCCGGAGGACGUGACCUGGAGCGAGGAGUGUCGCCGGCACCUGAUCGAUUUCACGGAGAGGCUGAGCGAGAACCUGACUCAGGAACCGGACCGGGACGCGACUCGUCCCGACGACGCUCGGCGGGACCUGCGCUCCAUGGAUCCCUACUACAAGGAGAGCCCCGGCGAGUCCUGCAAGUACAGCGAGCUCCUGGAUACGAUCGCCUGGCCGAAAAGGGCCAGCGACCGGCCCCGGGACUCGGAACCGGACAAGCCGGGACGGAGCGACACCCCCGUCGGCCGAGUGCCGAGAAGCGGCUCCGAGGACGCGCUCGACCUCGUCGCGGGGUCCGCAAGCUUGGAGGUUUUCGGGGAGCGGGAGAGGCCGGCGAGGAAGGUCCCCGGGCGCUCGGAGGAGUCCCCGGAAUCGAGCUCGCUCGCCGGCCCGGAGAGUCGGGAGUCCGGGCGCGGCUGCCGGUUCCCCGCCGCCCCGAGGAGGAGGUUCCAGGCCCGAGGCCGGUCGGCCUCCGAGGAGGCUCCCUCUCGAGGGCCUGUCCCCGGGAAGCCGGACUCGGACGUGUCCGAGGGCACCGCCUCGGCAGCGGCCAGCAACGGCACCCUCAGCGCCUCCUCCUCCCAGGAGUCGCUCCCCUCGGACCGCGGGGGAGGUGCCAUCACCUACCACCAGUACUACCACGUCUUCAGGGAGGGCGAGCUGGACCAGCUGAUCGAGAAGUACGUCGAGAACCUCCACGUAAUUUCCUCCUACUACGACCACGCGAGCUGGUGCAUAGUCGCGGAGAAGGUGCAGGUCUGGACCAUAUGACUCGAGACCGUCCUACUCUUCCGGCUCGGGACCCGCGUCUACUCCAGAAGGAGCGGUCGGAGGGCUCGUCGUACCUGGGAGCAGCGUUUCCGCGGAGACGACGGCCCUUGUAAAUAUGUACGAUAGCGUUUCCAACGCAAGCGCCAGGAUCGCGAGGACCCCAUUAAGUUAGGUACUCGCCACCGUUCGGCCCGCUUGACCAAGAGUUCCCAUCGUUUGCGUUGAUCGUCAUUAACCUCGUUAAAGGAACCGACCGAGUGACGCCGAGGGGCCGUCAUCCUAGAGACCCGCUCCCGAAGGAUCGCCGCCCUCCCUGACGGGAGCGAAACCUCCCGGAAGUCGGCCCCGAGUACGAAUUCCCGGUCCCGUCGCGCGGCCACCGGGAGAAGCAAAGAGGAAGGCAUAACGAUUCGUUACUCGGCGAAGCUCGAUGUUCCACGACUCUCCGAUAUCGCUAACUUAAGCAUUAACCUCGCUAGCCGAACUACCCGACCCCGAGGACGAGCCAAUUACCUCGUAAUGACUCGUUAAUCGGCGCCGUAACGAGUCGGCGGGAAUUACGAAAAUCCCUCCUAGUCUUAGUCGCCCUUCCCCGAGAGCACGAUCGCUCUCGAACGGGAGCAAGGACGAGACCGGGGACGAUCUCCGUAAGGUCGCGUCUCUCCUCCUGGUCGUUAACACCAAACAUUCCACCGUUCGUCAGCUUUCGUGCCGAUCUCGCGUUCUCGGAGCCGUCGCUCUCCACCUUCCUUAGAGCGACCGGUCCGGACGUAUACUUAGACAAUAUACGCGCACGGGAGCCCCGAGCCUCUACUCGACAACGAAUCGCGGUAUCGCGCGUUACCUGGUUCCCCAGGGCGGAAAGAGGUGCGGAACGAAGCUUGCUGUAAAUAUGGGGCCAGCCGCAAAGACUAUAUCGCGAUAAUAGGGUAACUCUUCCAGAGGCUGUUCGCAAACGUUACAUCGCAUUACCCCUCGUUAUCCUCGUUAUCGGACGCGAAGGAGAGUUUCCUUAACGGCGUUCUUUUCGCAUCCGAGCCCAGGCGUCCCGGUGACCGUCGUCGAGCGAGUAGGCCUCUUCUCGUUGUUUCGAGUUAGGAGCGAUAGGCCCGACUGGAGUAGUCGCGGUACCAUUAGAAUCGAAUUUAAGUCGUCGCGGGCUCGCUUAGCCAUUGUCGCGAGGUCGCGGCGACAGCCCGCGACGACCGUCGCGUUCCCCUUUAUCCUUAUGCGAGAAAA